CCGCACUGCGAAAAAGGGUUUGGGGACCUCUCUUUCCAGAACGCUUAAGCCCUGCGCUCCCGCGGCAGCGGGUGCGGUGCAGCCAUUGGCAGGAGGGGAACAGCGGACCGCAGCGCCUCGCCCCGCCUGCGACAUCAGCUCUGGGCGCAGCACAGGUCUGCUCAAGGACCAUGGGCGCCGCGCUGGGCACGCGCGCGCGGCUGGCGCUCCAGCAGGGCCGGGCUUGUGGCGGAGUCCCGCGCUGGACGCCCUCCGCGCCCGCCCGAGGCUGCCACUCCAAAUCAGGCCCUGCUCGCCCGGUGCCUCUGAAGAAGCGCGGAUACGAUGUCACCAGGAACCCGCAUCUCAACAAGGGGAUGGCCUUCACACUGGAAGAAAGGCUGCAGCUUGGAAUCCACGGCCUGAUCCCCCCCUGCUUCCUGAGCCAGGAUGUCCAGCUCCUGCGGAUCAUGAGAUACUACGAGCGGCAGCAGAGCGACCUGGACAAGUACAUCAUUCUCAUGACACUCCAGGACCGGAAUGAGAAGCUGUUCUACCGAGUGCUGACAUCAGACGUGGAGAAAUUCAUGCCCAUCGUGUACACUCCCACCGUGGGGCUAGCCUGUCAGCACUACGGCCUGACCUUCCGCAGGCCCCGUGGGCUGUUCAUCACCAUUCAUGACAAGGGCCACAUUGCAACCAUGCUAAACUCUUGGCCAGAAGACAAUAUUAAGGCCGUGGUGGUGACUGAUGGGGAGCGCAUCCUGGGCCUGGGAGAUCUGGGCUGCUACGGCAUGGGCAUCCCCGUGGGCAAGCUGGCCCUGUACACAGCGUGCGGAGGGGUCAGCCCGCAGCAGUGCCUCCCCGUCCUGCUGGAUGUCGGCACCAACAAUGAGGAGCUGCUCAGAGACCCUUUGUACAUCGGGCUGAAACACCAGCGCGUGCGUGGGAAGGAAUACGACGACCUGCUGGACGAGUUCAUGCAAGCUGUGACGGACAAGUUUGGAAUAAAUUGCCUCAUCCAGUUUGAAGACUUUGCCAACGCCAAUGCCUUCCGCCUGCUCAACAAAUACCGCAACAAAUACUGCAUGUUCAAUGAUGACAUCCAAGGCACAGCCUCUGUCGCUGUGGCAGGGAUCCUGGCUGCUCUGCGAAUCACCAAGAACAAGCUCUCCAACCACGUGUUUGUUUUCCAAGGUGCGGGUGAGGCAGCCAUGGGCAUCGCCCACCUCCUUGUCAUGGCCCUAGAGAAAGAAGGUGUACCCAAGGCAGAGGCCACAAAGAAGAUCUGGAUGGUGGACUCCAAGGGGCUCAUUGUCAAGGGAAGGAACCACCUGAACCAUGAGAAGGAGAUGUUUGCCCAGGACCAUCCUGAAGUGAACAGCCUGGAGGAGGUGGUGAGGCUGGUGAAGCCCACGGCCAUCAUAGGUGUUGCUGCCAUCGCAGGAGCCUUCACGGAGCAGAUUCUGAGGGACAUGGCCUCCUUCCACGAGCGCCCUAUCAUCUUUGCCCUGAGCAACCCCACCAGCAAGGCUGAGUGUACGGCUGAGAAGUGCUACCGGGUCACUGAGGGCCGAGGGAUCUUUGCCAGUGGAAGUCCUUUUAAGAGUGUGACUCUGGAAGCUGGCAAGACCUUCAUUCCUGGGCAAGGAAACAAUGCCUACGUGUUCCCUGGAGUGGCUCUGGGAGUCAUUGCUGGCGGGGUCCGGCACAUCCCAGAUGAGAUCUUCCUACUGACAGCAGAGCAAAUUGCCCAAGAGGUCUCUGAGCAGCAUUUGUCCCAGGGGAGACUAUACCCACCACUCAGCACCAUCCGAGAUGUGUCUCUGAGAAUCGCCAUCAAAGUAAGGAGCAUCCUACCCCCAGUAAUAUGGUCCUUGACUUCGCGUACAAACACAACCUGGCCUCCUACUACCCGGAGCCCAAGGACAAGGAGGCUUUUGUAAGAUCCCUGGUCUACACUCCAGACUAUGAUUCCUUUACACUGGACAGCUAUACUUGGCCCAAGGAAGCCAUGAAUGUUCAAACAGUGUGAUGCAGUCUCAGAGGCUGCUGUGAGGCUGGAACAAGCCCAGAGUAACACUGACAAUAUAAAUGGGUUCUAAAAUGGCCAUCUUUGUCCCUGUGUUUUUCCUUUGAACUUUCUGGUGUGAUGGGAGAUACCCAGGCACACAAUGAAUGAGAGCCUUGUCCCUGAGGCCCUGAGAAUUCACUUUUCUAUAACCCUGACUUCCUCCCCAAGAAUUUCUUCAUCUAACUGCCAACAAUUAGCUAGAUCUUGUGGGAAAUCUAGAAUCCUUCCUAGAACUCUGUCUUUACAGAGCUCAGAGUCUAGUGAAGGAGAUAUGGACACAAUUCAUUUUUCCACAAGGGAGAAAGUGGUUAAGUCCAUGAAAGAAGUACAGAUAAAGGUCAAGGGUACUCAGAGAAGGGAGCAGAUACUUCGUAUGAGAAGUAAGAGAAGGCUUCAGGGGGAGAAAUGUGUACAGAGUCCCGAGAGUAAAGGAUGGGUAGGAGGCAUGGGAAAAUGAGGAAGGUAGGGGCAGCCACUGACCAGAGAGCAUGGCCCACCGAUGAGGGAGUUCAAUCCCUGCUGGAAGAAUACACACCCUUCAAGACUCAGAUGGGUAUGAGGGCUGAGUGACUGAAGGCAACUCACUAGUCAAAAACUAUCCCUGACAUGUGGGCUAUUGAAUAUUAGGAUUCCUUUUGGUUAUUACUAAAAGGAAAACUAGAGAAAUGUGGGUAUGGAGGGUCAGCAGGCCAAGGAGUGAGGAGGAAGAGAGGCAGUGAGGGGAAGAGAAUCAUGGAGUCCUAGGGAAGACUUGAUGUCAUUUUCCUGACUCUGGAACUCUCUCUCUCUCCCACACUUCACUCUGAAGGAAUUCAGCAAACCAGGGCACUAUUCUUAGAGAAUGCCUUCAGUCUGUCCUGGGAAUUUCUUAGACAAGUUCAAGCACAGCUUUCACCUCCUUCAUGUCUAGCAGAGCCCACACCAUGGGAUGGGGAGGUGGGGACAAGCCUACAGCCCCUGUAAUCAAAGACCCUGAUAAAUUUCUAGAACCUAUUGGGAUGACAGCUUCCAACCUCUAAUUUUAUUGGAUAACAUAGAAAACAGUAAAUCACACUAAGGGACCUAACACCACCCACCCUUGUUGCCAGCUCAGCCUCAAGAGCCCCACUGCCCUAUGUGGCCACCUCACAGUCUCAGGACUGUUGGACUCCUAGAACAGUAAUUAGCAGAGACACCAGUCACCCCUUGCCCAGGUCUUGUUCUUCCAACAUCUGCUUCCUUGGUGCUGGUGCUCAGCCAAACAUACCCUGAGAAAACAGCCCUGUUCUAUAAUCCCUGAGCUCAUGGGGAAAGAGAAAGUCUUCAGAAGAGGAUUUGAAGUGAAGCUGGAAUCUCAACAGCAGGGAACCAUUACACUAUCUUUUCUAAGUCCUGGCCCACAACUUCUGUACCCCAAUUGCACAUCCUUUAUACUCAGUGUAAUAGAAAAGAAAAAUAGUAGAGAAAAGCAAUGAAACAAAACAGGUUCUUUGAAAAGAUCAACUAAAUAAAUAAACUGUAGCUAUACUGACCAAGACAUAACGAAGAUACAAAUUAUGUUUCCUUUGUUUCAACCACACUAAACAAGGCACUUUCAGGCCUGUACCUUUAUAAAUGCUUGGUCUCCAUCUGUCAAGUCCUUCCUUCCCAUUCCUUGCCCUUUAUCAAUUAAAUAGCAGCUCACCCCAGCUUUCUGCUAGAGACAUCAUUCAUCCUCGGAGUUCCAAUGCAAUUGGCUCCUGAAGUCAUCCUGGACAGAGUUAAUAAUUUGAUUAGAAAUCAACAGAAAGGGAGCGCCUGGGUGGCACAGUUGUUAAGCAUCCUGCUCUGCGGGAAGCCUGCUUCUCCCUCUCCCACUUCCCCUGCUUGUGUUACCUCUCUCACUGUGUCUCUCUCUGUCAAAUAAAUAAUCUUUAUUAAAAAAAAAAAGAAAUCAACAGAAAAAAAUGGGAAAUUUCUAACCAUU